UGUUUUGGAGUUUUAACGUCUGAUUCCAUUAAAGUUUGGAGGGUUUAAGGAGUCUCCCACAUAAACCCUCUCUCACCUCUACAAUGUGGUCUCGUACUUUCUCUCCCAAGAAGCUUGCUUUUCUCUUCCAUCCUUCUAAAGUGAAGCCUCUUGACCAAUGGGUUUCUCCAUUUCAAGCCUUUUUCUCUACUGACAUUGUUGGCGACCAACCAAUCCUCGUUCGUGAUUUCAUCCAUUCUGCUCUGUAUGACCCCAAUCAUGGAUACUUCUCCCAAAGGUCUCGCUCCGUUGGAGUGCUUGAUAGAAGCAUCAAGUUCAAUCAGCUUGGUGGAAGGAAAGCUUACUUGAAACACCUGGAUAAAAUUUACAAGGACAGUGAUAUUGGAUGGUUUACUCCAGUUGAACUCUUUAAGCCUUGGUAUGCCCAUGGAAUUGCUGAAGCGAUACUGCGGACUGCUAAUCUUUCAGUUCCACUCAAAAUAUAUGAAAUUGGCGGUGGAUCAGGAACAUGUGCCAAGGGAAUAAUGGAUUACAUAAAGUUGAAUGCACCCCCUAGAGUUUACAACAAUAUGACUUACAUCUCAGUAGAGAUCAGUCUCUCUCUUGCCAAGAUACAAAGAGAAACUGUUGGAGAAGUUCAAUGUCACUCGUCACGGUUUCGAGUGGAACGCCGUGACGCUGCCGACAGGAGUGGAUGGGGGGAGGUGCAGCAAGAACCAUGUUGGGUGAUAAUGCUUGAGGUGCUCGAUAAUCUUCCUCAUGAUCUUAUAUAUUCAAAAGAUCAAGUUUCCCCGUGGAUGGAAGUAUGGGUCGAAAAACAAGUUGAGAGUGGAACUCUCAGUGAGCUGUAUAAGCCAUUGGAAGACUCGCUAAUUAAGCGUUGUUUCAAGAUUUUGGACAUGGACAAAAGUCAGGCGACUCAAAGCGGUGUGAUUUUAAAAGCAAAGAGCAUUUGGUCGAAAGUCUUUCCGAAACCUCAAAGAUGUUGGCUGCCAACUGGUUGCUUGAAACUACUUGAUGUUGUACAUGGUGUGUUACCAAAGAUGUCUUUAAUCGCUUCAGACUUCAGUUAUCUACCUGAUGUAACAAUACCUGGUGAGAGAGCUCCACUAGUUUCAACCAAGAAAGAUGGUAGGAGCUCGGAUUAUAGCAGUUACCUAGAUGCAAAGGGUGAUGCUGAUAUCUUUUUCCCUACUGACUUUCGGCUUUUGGAACUCAUGGAUCAUUACUGUUCUGGAUGGCUGAAACCGGACAAAGAUCAAUCGUCCAAGCAAGGGAAAAAGAGGCGAACAAUCAUACUCGAUACGUCAUCGUUCAUGGAAGAGUUCGGAUUGCCCUCGAAGACGAGGACCAAGGAUGGAUACAACCCCCUUUUGGAUGAUUUCAAGAAUACAAAGUUCUACCUCAGUGUUCCUACACACAAUAUUAAGUAGACAAAUCUAAGUCAUUGUCCAUUUAUUUCCCAUGAGUAUUAUCUGGUCAAAGAAGGUGGUUGAUUGAGCAAGUAAUGUGGUGGAAUUUGCAUGUGGAAUCUUAAUGCUAUACAUGCAUUAGAAUUUCUAUUUA